AUGGACCGUGAGGCAGUCAUUCAUUUCAUAGGUGGGGCCGCCGGAGGGACCGCAGGUACUUGUUUAACCUGCCCACUAGAAGUUGUGAAAACAAGGAUGCAGUCUAGCGAAGGCAUUAAUCCUGUCGGGCCGAGCACUAGCCAGGGUGGCGAGCUCGGACGAAAUGGCAUGUCGUUUGACGUCUCGCGAUUUGUUCAGUCUCAGGCUCAGGAAUCUCGAAGGCACAUUAUCAAAAAUGAAGGGUUCGGAGCUUUGUACAAAGGUUUACUUCCAAAUCUUGUUGGUGUUGCUCCUUCGAAAGCUGUUUAUUUUUAUUCCUAUUCGAGCAGCAAGCGUUUAUGGAAUGAAUCUGACAUAUUCGUGCCCAACAGUGCAAUUGUACACAUGGUGAGCGCAGGUUCAGCAGGUAAUCGCCUUUCAUGAUU